AUGACCAGAAAAGGAGAGGGUCACUUCCGACACAGAGAGAGGCAGCCUGGUUGUGAUGACUCUAAUGACCUGUCUGGCCAGAAGUACCGCCUCAGAGACACAGACCUUCGUCUUAACAGAGGGAAAGCACCCUGUCCUCCUACAUUUCGGCCUACAUUUACAUUUUCAAAUUCAGCUAUCCCUUCAAGGAAUUCAUUUACCCAGCAGAUGAAGAGAAAUGCUCUGAUGAUGAGCAGGAAGACCAAAAGGUUGAAACAGGAGGGGCAAAGGAGGAUAUCGGGAAUGAAGCAGCAACGGCUGAUAAUGCCAUCCCUAUCAGAGGUGGUGUUGAGGAACCUUAGGGUCCGAGUACGGCGCCACACGUUCAACUUCUUGUUGAGCUGCAAGGACCCCACCAGCAAAGAGAGGGCCUUGCUGCACCAGCUUGAACAUGUGGAGACAAAAGACAAGUGGAGGAAGGAACAAUCUGCUCUCUGCUGUACAACCAAAGAGAAUGACAAAAAAGAGAAGAGCAGCAAUACUUGUGAGUUAAACCUGAAGCCUUUCACUCUUCAKCCUUCCUUGUCUUCUCAACAGAAUGCUGGACCAGCAGUUUGUGGACAGAUACUGGGUGGAAAGCCCCUUCGAGUGGUGGAAAAAGUAUCUGUCCAGACAAGGAUCUCUUCCAGAACAAGGAGCAUGAUCAGAAACUGUCACACACGCRCGUCUGUUUCCAGAGCCAAGAAGAACAACAAAAUCAUUAGCAAGCGCAUUGAACUCACCAAACCRAUUUGCAGAAAAAGCAACAGCGCAAGUCCUCAGAAACACAUGGAUAGCUGUAGUGGAAAAGAUGCCACGCACAAUGUUAUCAAAGAUAUUCAUGGAACCAAUUGCAUAACCAUCGAAAAUAACACCAGCGGCAACAACAAUGAUGUGGCAUACAUCAGCAACAGAACAUACACUGGUGGAGGCGGGCCCAAAGGCAGCAAGGCUCAGKAUGCAGAUCAGAAACCAGUGGAUCUGAAAGUGGAAAUCAAAACCAUUGGAGAAUCGGGGACUGAUGGGACACUUGUGGCGAGCAAACCCUCUGGUAAAAGGGUUGAAGUUUGCCAAAGUGCUUUGGACAAAGCCAAMAAGCCUGGGAAUCACCAGAAACCCAUUAGUACUCCCCUUGUCACUACCACCCCUAGRACCAUUUCUCUCUCUUCCCCCUCACUUGACCAUGUUCCAYUAAUGUCAGGACUGAAGCAAGUCACAGUUAGCUUGAUAAGAGUGUCUGUGCCGGYAAGUGUAGCAGAAGAAAGGGCCUGUCCAGGAUUGGAGGGAAAGGGCAUUGUGAGAAGAGAGAGCAGCGUACCAGUGCAAGCAGAACAGAUGGCUAGAUCAGCUACACAGGGAGGAGAGGCAGACACCAGAGUGUCCAGGUCCCAGCAGAAGUCCAUGGAGGAAGCAGGCAGAGAGUUGUCAGACGCUGAAGGUAAGAAAGGGGUGAGGGAAAUGUAUUUCAAGGCUAAGAUUAACAAAGCUGAUGUAGGAAGGGGACAGACUGCUGUGGUGAAGGURGAUMUWUUACAUGGUGAGAAAGGGGCAGGUGAGAAGGURAUUGAAAUAGAAGCUGCUGGUGGGGGGGAAAAGGUUAGUGUGGCUGGGAAGYGGCAUAGGGGGAGUGUAAAAMACAUUGACAGAGGGGCAAAACUAAAUAGUAAAAGUGUACAAUCUCAAYUMGUUGGCUGUGAUAAGAGGGUGCUUAGAGGGCGAAAUGAUGCAGAAGAACAGAGUAAUGGAAAAGCAGGAGGACAAAAUAGCAAAAGUUGUGACAGCAUUAUCAGAAAGGAUGGAGGUAAGAAUGAGAGGGUGUCUGAAAUGGUAAAAAAGGGGAGUAGUAUAACUAUGGACAAGAAGGGUGUUGUUAUCAAACAGGUGAGGGUUCUACUUUCUGAUAUUCUAAGAAAAGAGCGGGAUCAGAAGGCUGGGGGCUCAGGAAGUGGGAACACAGGAAAGAAAGAUCUAAUUUCCUCCAACCAUAAGCAAAUGGAAGAUGGCAGAGAGGCAAAUAAUGAUGGGGGGAAAGAGGUUAGGGAACAAAUAUUAUCUGAUGCACAGACAAAUAGUUUGCCUCAUGCAACAACACAAAGUGGGAUAAUUUCCAAACGGGGGAAAGGAAGGGCUAGUAAGAUGAAACUUGAGGGUCCAGGUCAAGACUUGCAUAUUCACUCGCCACAAA